AAGAUUCAUAUUUACUUGAUUCUUGUUUUUUGUUUCUUUUCUAUCAACAUUACCCUCAAAAUCCUAAAAGGGUUGUUUUAUAUUAUCCUUUUUAAAUAAUAUAGUUACUUCAUUUCAUAUACACUUUUGUAGUGAAAUGGAUCUAACGGACCGUCGCAACCCUUUCAACAAUUUAGCGUUUCCGCCGCCGCCGCCACCGCCUUCAACUACCUUCACAAGCCCUAUUUUCCCAAGAGGAAGCUCUUCAGGCACGACUUUCCCCAUUCUAGCCGUCGCAGUGAUCGGAAUCUUAGCAACUGCACUCUUGCUCGUAAGUUAUUACAUCUUUGUCAUAAAAUGCUGUCUUAACUGGCACCAAAUCGACAUCUUCCGCCGCCGAAGAAGAAACAGUGAUCAGAAUCCUCUAAUGAUAUAUACUCCUCAUGAGCUAAACAGAGGUCUAGACGAAUCCGCUAUUAGAGCAAUCCCAAUCUUCAAGUUCAAGAAGAGAGACGUUGCUGCAGCAGGAGGAGGAGAAGAUCAGAACAAGAGCUCACAAGAAUGCUCUGUUUGCUUAAGUGAGUUUCAAGAAGACGAGAAGCUGAGGAUUAUUCCUAAUUGUUGCCACGUGUUUCACAUUGAUUGUAUCGAUAUUUGGCUCCAGAGCAAUGCGAACUGUCCAUUGUGUAGAACAAGUGUUUCGUGGGACGCAAGUUUCUCUCUUGACCUAAUCUCUGCUCCAAAUACUUCCUCAGAAGAUAACUCUCCUCCUCCUCCUCCUCCUCGUAACGCGAGUCUUGAACCUGGUGAGGUUUUAGGAGGCGACAAUGACUUCUUAGUGAUCGAGCUUGGGACAAGUAAUGGUGAAAACAGACAAAGCGUGAGAAACAGAGACUUUCUUGCGGAACAAGAAAGGGCUACCUCGGACGAGGUAUUCCAUAAUCGUGCAAUGCAUAAUAAAGAGAGAAAUUUUCAUAAGGUGAUGAGUAAGGGAGACGAGUGCAUUAACACUCGAGGCAAAGAUAAUCAGUUUGGUGAGAUUCAUCCCAUGAGAAGAUCAAUCUCGAUGGAUUCUUCAGUGGAUCGCCAGCUGUACAUGGAGCUUCAAGAGGUGGUUGGUCGGAAAACCGGGGAGAUUCCAGUGGUGGUCGGAGAUUGUAGUGGCAGUGAUGGUAAUAACAGAGUGAUGAAGAGAUGUUUCUUCUCUUUUGGAAGUAGUAGAGGUUCUAGAAGCUCCUCAAUACUACCUGUUUAGUUGAAAGUUGAAACCCUAAUUGUUGUUCCUAUCUUUGUUUAAUUUUUAAAAUAUUGUUUUCUGAUUUUUUAAUUGUUAUACUUAGAGAUGAAUUUAUUAAAAUUAUGUUGGAGGGUGAGUUAGGAGAGAAUUAGUAUGUUCAUUUUUUA